UUUAGUUUCUUCUAAACCAGUUAUCUUUAUGAUCUCAUUUCUUACAAUUUUCUUGCCCUUUCCCAUUCAAACCUGGAUUUCUUUCUUUUAAUCUUCGCCGUUCACAUACACUUAUUAAGUCUUGGUUGCGUUCAUCUCUUCCUCUUUGACGUGAAAAUAAGAAACCAAAAAAAGUUCGUUAAAUUGAGGGUCUUCUUAAUUUUAAUUGGUAUAUGUUUAUAUGGUUGGUAUAAUGAUGGAAAAUUGUAACGGCGGUUCAAGUUCAGCUCCAGCUCCAGCUCCAGCUCCUUUCUUAUCAAAGACUUAUGAAUUAGUAGAUGAUCCUUACACAAAUCCAGUCGUUUCUUGGAAUCACAAUGGCCGUAGCUUCGUUGUUUGGAAUCCACCUGAGUUUGCCAGAGAUUUGCUUCCUAAAUACUUUAAACACAAUAAUUUCUCCAGCUUUAUCAGACAACUUAACACUUAUGGGUUCAGAAAGGUUGAUCCUGAACAAUGGGAAUUUGCAAAUGAGGAGUUUUUAAGAGGACAGAGACAUUUAUUGAAGAAUAUUUAUAGACGAAAGCCGAUUCAUAGCCACUCUACAACAGGAUCACAAUCUGUGGCGCCAUUGACUGAUUCAGAAAGACAAGAAUAUGAAGAAGAAAUCGAGAGGCUGAAAAGGGAAAAUAGCUUACUUCAGUCAUCUGCUGAAAAGCAUGAGAAAUUUAAUCAAGAAUAUGAGUUUGGUGUUAAGUCUAUGGAACAACGUUUGCAGAAUAUUGUUCAUAGGCAGGGGAAAUUGAUAUCCCUUUUGGCUCAACUAUUACAAAGGCCUGAAUUUUCGUCCGAUUUGAUCCAAUACACAAACAAUAACAGCAAGAAAAGACGGUUGUUAGUAUCAAAUUGCUUAAUUGAGGAAGAGAAUGCAACUAACUCUAUAGUUGUUCCGAAGUUAGACAUGGACAUAGUUAAAAAGUUGGAUUCUUCCAUCAAUUUUUGGGAACGUUUUCUAUAUGGAAUUCGGAACAGUACUCCAACCAAAGAUCAAAUGCAUGAUUUUGAGCAUACACAAGUUUUACCUUCACCAAUUGUCAUACGCGAAAUGGAUACUUCGUCUGAUGAUUCUGGCAAAAGAAACUCUCCUAUCGAUCAUUCAUCGUCGCCUUCAAGGGAUAUACAAUCGUCCCCCGAGUUAGAAGGACCUUUGAGUCCAGUCAUAUCAUCGAUUUAUAUCAAUCUCGAAUGUCAACUUAAGCCAUCAGAUCAGAGUAAUGCAAGUAUUGAUGCGACGAAAAAUCAGGUUGAGGGUAGCACUGACAUGUCUAAAUCAGUGUCAAACUCGGGUAAUGAUGUAUUUUGGCAACAAUUCUUAACUGAGACUCCUGGUUUAUCUGAGCCGCAGGAAGUUGAGAUCGUAAGUAAAGACACCAAUGGCUUGACGUGUGAUACCAUGUUAGCAGAAGAAAACCAGAGAUAUUGGUGGAGUCGCGGAUUUAAUGUAGAAAAUCUUGCUGAACGUAUGGGGCUUCUCAGUCCAGCAACAGGAAGCUGAGUUGGUUCACUCUUUCCUUUGACAUUUCUAUAUGUCUGUUGUUGAACUUUUCCAGUUUGAAGGGGAGCGUUGGAGCAACGGUAAGGUUCUCUCUGUGUGACCUAUAGUUCACGCGUCCGAGCCGUGGAAACAACCACUAAUGCUUGCAUUAGGUUAGGCUCUCUAUAUCACACCUCUUGGGUGUCGCCCUUCUCCGGAUCCUGCGUGAACGCGGAAUGCCUUGUGGGUCGAGCUACCCAUCUGAUGUCCCUGAAGGAACUCUUGCUGAUUUGUUUGUGUAAUAAAUAACAAAUAGAGUUCCUAGUCCUUAGAUCACUCAGUAAACUGAAGGUAGAUGUUAGCAAAUUUUUUGUGGAAUUUUUGGUUUAGACUAUGUUUGUAAUUAUCCUAGUCCUAGUGAGUAAUCUAUUUGUGUUAUAGAGGAUUAGAGCUUUUGUACGUUCAAUGAGCAAACUCUUCAUUUGCAGCUUCCCUAUUCAUCGACGAAGGAGUUUUUAGUAGCUAGGGGAUAUAGUUCAAGGGGAUUUUAGGUACACCGGAUAAUUUAAGUAGAAAAUUGACAAAAACAUAAUAGUUUAAGGUGAUUUUAGGAUAUUAACUCUUUAACUUAUGUACCAUAUACACGACUAGUGUAGUUUAACUUUAUGGUUUAACUUUGUUGUAUCA